AUGAAUCUUAUUACAUUUACAUAUAAACAAAUAAUUUUCUAUCUAAUCUAUUUAUUCUAUUGGAUUAUUCAUCUUUUUACAUUUUAUCAUUGUUUUCAAUAUUUCAAUGAUUUACCAGAAAUUAAAAUUUAUGAAAAUUUAACCAUUGGUCAAGUCAUUAUAAAAGAUAUACGUUCAUUACUUGGUAUACCUAAGUCAAAUUAUAUUCAAUUAAGUCCAAGUUCAUUAACACAAUUUUUUCGUUUAGAUAAUAUCACUGGUAAUAUAUAUAGUAUAUCAUCCAUUGAUUUAGAAACAAGUAAUUUAUGUAACAUAGAAAAAUCAUGUUGUCAUAAUUAUCAAUAUGAACAAUUAUCUAAUGAAUUAAUUAAUAAUCAAUAUUCUAUCAAUCAACUAGAUGAUGAUAAUGAUGAUGAUGAUACAGAAGAGUUAUCUAAUGAUUUGAAUCAUAUGAUUGAUAAUCAUGUAUUAAAACAAAAAUAUCAAUGUAAAUUAACAACAUUUAUAUUAGCUUCAACAGAUCAUGAUAUGCAAAUUUCACCAAUUAGUAAAUUACAUAUUAAUAUUAUUGAUUUAAAUGAUAAUCCACCACAAUUUAAUAUCGUUUCAGAUGAUUCAAUGAAUUCACAAUCAAAUUUAAUAUAUUUAUCAUUUUUAGAAGGUUCAUUAGGUGUUCAUACAAAACAUGAUUUACCAAGAGCAUUUGAUUCAGAUGUUUCACCAAUAAAUCGUGUCAAAAAUUAUUGGAUUGAAUGGGAUGAAAUAAUUCAUAAUUCACAUCAAUCUUCAUCUUUAUCUACAAUGACAUAUACAAAUGACCAGAUAUGGUCGAAACUUGGACCAUUUCGACUAAUCUAUACAAAGUCGAUAGAAAAUUUAGUCAUUCAACUUGAUGAAGAAUUAGAUCAUGAAAAACAAUCCAUUUAUAAAUUACGUUUAAUUGCUCAAGAUGUUGGAGAUUUACGUGGAUCCAUACAAUUAAUUAUUGAAGUAGAUGAUGUCAAUGAAUUUCCACCAAUUUUUGUCGAUUCAAAUGAUGUUAAUAAAUUGAAAGAUCCACAUCUAUAUUCAUUAUAUACUAAUCAAGAAAUUUAUAAAAAACAAUAUAGAAUAAAAGAAUCAUUAGAUAUAGGUAGUCGUAUUGGACAAUUAAAAGCGAUUGAUUAUGAUUUAUUCAUGUCUAAUGAAACCAUUAAUCAAAUUACAUAUCAUUUUAGUUCAAAUCAAUUGAAUUGGGAUGUAACACAUAUGUUUCAUUUAGAUUCACAAUCUGGUAUUUUAACUUUAAAACAAUCAUUAGAUUAUGAAAAGGUUAAAAAUUAUCGUUUAACUAUCAUAGCAAAAGAUGGUCCAAUAAAAGAGAAAGAAAUAGAUACUUCGAAAUCAUUAGACCGUCCAAUAACAUCAACAAUGAAGAAAUCAUCACAAAUCAUUUAUUCUUCUACAGCUUUAAUUGAUAUUAUUGUUCUUGAUGUCAAUGAUAAUUCACCAAUUAUCUUAUUUGAAAAUGAUCAUAUACUAGAGAAUAAAUAUAAGAAUAUAACCAAUUUUAAUCAUGCCUUAAUUACAAUGAAUAAACCAUAUGAAAUAUGGAUUAAAGAAAAUAUACCUAAAUAUACACCAAUUGUAUUUUUUAAUGUCAUUGAUUAUGAUACCGGACAAAAUAGUCGUAUAUCAUGUCAAUUAUUAAAUUUCACAGAAAUAUUUCAUAUACAUCAAUUAGCUGAUUUAUAUAGAAUUGAAACUAAAUCAUUAUUAGAUCGUGAAUCUAUGGAUCAAUAUACUAUUAUCAUCAAAUGUAAUGAUAUGGGUGAACCAAUGUUAUAUAAUAUAAAAACUUUAAUUAUUCAUUUAAUUGAUGUAAAUGAUACACCACCUAGUUUUCCAUUAAAUAUUUAUCAUUAUCAUGUAUUAGAAAAUAGUUAUCCUGGUACACCAGUUCAACCAAUUCAUAAUCGAUAUCCAAUCAUGAAUUUAGCUAUAGAUCCUGAUUUGAAUAGUACAUUGAUUUAUCAUUUAGAAUCAAUCGAUAUAUUAAAUAAUCAAUCAAAUCAUCAUCAUAAUAAUAAAGAUAAUGAUUUCAUUCAAUCAUCAUCAUCAUCAUCAUCAUUAUUAGAUUAUCAAUUAUUUUCAAUUAAUCCAAUCAAUGGUCAAAUAUUUACAAAAGGUGAAUUAGAUCGUGAAAAAAAAUCCUCUUUAGAAUUAUCUCUAUGUGUUCAUGAUCAAUUACAUUUAACUUGUACAAAAAUUUUAAUUGAUUUAGAUGAUAUCAAUGAUAAUCCACCACAAUUUGAGCAUAAUCAUUAUAUUAUACAUUUAGAUGAAAAUAAAUUAUAUACUAAACCAAUUAUUAUAUUUAUUGUAUCUGAUUUAGAUUCAAAUAAUAAAGAUUUUAAAUUUAAUAUACUAUUUGAUUCAUUAAAUAGACCGCCACAAAUCAUUUCGAAAAAACAACAAAAUAAUAAUUCAUUAAAACAAUCAAAUGAUAUUGAACAUUUAAAUGUUUCACAAUUUGAUCAAUCAAUAAAUGAUCAUAAAAAUUUAAUUCAAAAAUAUUUUCUAUUAAAAGAGAAUGAAUUAUAUUUACAAAAUGUAUUAGAUAGAGAAGAAUGUGCAAAUUAUCAUUUUUAUAUACAAGUACAAGAUAUACAUUAUGAAUUAUAUAAUAGUAAUAAUAAUCAUACACAAUAUAGUUUAAUAAGUCAAACAGAAAUCUUUAUACAUAUUAAUGAUAUCAAUGAUAAUAAACCAAUAUUUCUAUUUCCUAAUAUAACAACAAUAGCUGGUAAUCGAUUAAUUGUAUCAUGUCAUGAAAUGAUUGGUAAUUCAAUUGGUCAUAUUAAAGGUUAUGAUCCAGAUUUAGGUAUCAAUGGUACAAUUCUAUAUAAUUUAAUGAUAACAACUACUCAUAUAAAACAAUCAUUAUUUUAUUUAGAUAAUAAUUCUGGUGAAUUAUUUGUUAAUACUAAUCAAUUAAUUGAUUAUUGUGGUAAAAUUAUUACAUUAUUAAUAAUUAUUGAUGAUCAAGGUCCAAAAAUCAAUAAACAUUCAACAAUUGAACGUUUAUUGAUUCAAUUAGAUGAUAUACCAAUCAAAAUGAAAUCAUCAAUAGAAUAUAAUCAACAAUUUAAACAAAAAUGGGGAAUAAAUUCUAAUGGUAUAACAAAUUUAAAUGUAUUAACUAAUACUCAUAAUAAUAUGAAUAGUACAUUUACAAUUAAAACUAUGCUUAGUAUUACACUUGGAAGUUCAACUAUCUUUUUAAUUGGAUUAUUAAUGACAUCAAUUAUAUUAAUGAUUUAUAAUAAAUCAAAACAUAGAAAAACUUUUUUUACAUUAAAAAAACUACAUUUCAAAGAUAAUACUAUUUAUAGUCAACAUAGUAACAAUGGUAGUAAUAAUAAUAAUAAUACAACAAAUGAAGAUUUAAUCUGUAUUGAUUGUAAACAGGGGGGAUUAAGUAAAAUGUUAUUCCCUACUACUACUAAUAAUAAUAAUGAUAAUAAGGAUAAUCAACAUUCAAAUGAAUAUAUCACAGAAACAACUGAAAAUUAUCCAACUUGUAUGUUGAAACCGAAAUUGAUCAGUGAAGGUGAAUUUUCUACUGCUGUUGCUGCUGAUGAUAAUGAUAAUGUUCACCAACAUUAUCAUCAUCAUCAUGGUCAUACUGAACAAGGUAAUGUUCAAAUUCAUUCACAUUUAUAUAAUCCAUAUACAACUCAUACUUCUAUUGGAUUACAUCAUUGUGCUCAUGAUUCAAACAGUGUAAAUAUUCCACGAUUAAAAGAUAAUAGUAAUAAUAAUAAUAAUAAUGAUAAUAAACAUUAUACAUUUUAUUCAGGUGCUCAUCUGUCUAGCUUUUUGGCUACACAUUGUUUAGGUCAAUCAUCUUCACUAUUAUCUACUCCAUCAUUAUCACCAUUACAACAAAAGAGAAAACAAUUACAAACUUCAUCAUCGUCAUCAUCACCAAUUGGUAUAGAAUGUCGACAAAAUUGUAUUGGAGAUCAAUCAAAGUAUAAUUCUAAUUUAAUUGUUGAUCAUAGAAAUAAUUGUAUGAUAACACCAGGUUGUUUUAUAUCGAAUUGUGCAGAAACAGAAUUACCCACAUUAAAAACAUUCAUACAACGACAACAACAACAACAACAACGAAAUGAUCGAAUACCGCCAAUCCCAGUAAAAUUAAAUAUUCAAUCACAUUGUGAUAAUAAUCAAAGAAGAUUGAAUGAAAGUCAGCAAAUAUUUGAAGACAAUGAUAAAUAUAAUAUUACACAAGAUUAUCAACGGAUAAAUAAAUGUGGUUAUGAAAAACCUCCUCUAGGUAGGCCAUCAUCCAGAUCCCUAUUGAAUAUUAAUAAUAACAAUGACAAUAAUAAUAAUACUUCUCAGAUUGCACACAGGACACAAAAUCUUCAUGAAAAAUCCAGUCCUAUCAAACGAAUACCAAAAAAUGUCAGUUUUAUACCAUCUAUGCCAUGUUUUGACAAUUAUCCUUUAAAAAAGACACUAGAUAGUAAUAAUAAUAAUGAACACCAUAUGAAUAGUUCUAUACUAAAAUCAUCAUCUGGUAACUAUGAAAUCUGUGAUCGCCAACAUCUUUAUCAAUUUAAAUCACAUCCAAAUAUUUUAGCUUAUACUACUGGUGUCACAAUAGAUGAUCUACAUUUAAAUGAUACAAAACAUAAUUCACCAACUAGUCAACCUAUAAAUCCACAAUUAUCUAUAUAUAAUAAAAGAAAUUUUCUUUAUAAACAAAAUCAAUUGCCUCCUCAUCCUCCUCCUCCUCCUCUGCCACCAUUCUCACAUCGAUUUUUAACACCACCAUGUACAAGAAAGUUGUCAAUACAAUCAAAUUGUAAUAUAAAUUCAUUAUUAAGAAAUAAUAGAAAUGAUGAUUACACCAUGUUUUCAAAAGAGAAACAAUGUCAUUGUACAUUACCAACUAUGAAUAAGCUACCUAAUUCAUCAAAAUGUACAGAUUUAGGAUUAUUAUUUCAUACAGGAAAUCAAACUACUACCGGGAACAAUAAUGAUGAUUCUACUAUUGAUCAUGUCAAUCAAGAAAGAAGAACUAUUCAUAAUCAUGAUCAUUAUUUAAAAGAAACAUCCAAUGUUUCAUGCUGUGAUUAUAUGAGUAAUUAUGAAUCAGAAAUAUGUACACAAUGUCAAUUAAUCAAUUUAAGAAAUAGUCCAACACCACCUAUUCAUGAAAUUAUACCCCAUUCAUCAAAUGAUUGUUCUAUGAUAACGACAUGUAAUACAGAUCCAAUUCAUACUACUCAUUCAAUUAUAAGUAGUAGUGAUUUAUUAUAUUGUACAAAUAAUCAUUGUCCAUUGUUUAAUGAUAUGAAUGAAAAAAAUGAUCAACAUAAUGAAUAUAUGCAUCAUUUAGAUUAUUCAACAAAUUCUUUAACAACUAUACAAGAUAUGUUUAAUUCAUGUGUAUAAUAUGAGUUUUACAUUAAUUUGAAAUGAGUGAAUUCAUUUUGAGAAAUGUUAUGUUGAUGAGUGUAUACUUGUCUACACUAUCUAGGUAAUCAUCAUUAUUAUAUUUGUUCAUGGGGAAGCAAUAAACGAUGACAAUAAUUUGGCACAGUUAUAUAUUCAAAAUGAAAAUUAUUGAAUAGGUGCCUUGAGAAAUUCAUAUCUGUAUUCAUAUACUACUUAAAAAGAAACAUAUUACAGUAAAUAAUUGUGAAAUUUUACUUUUUUGUUUAUAUAUAGAAUUUAAUCUUUUUUAAAAGGAGGAGUUUUGAUAUUUUACUCCUUUCGGAGGUCCUAAAUUCCGUUGAUUUGUUGUCUUCCUAUAUAUAUGGAAACUAUUCACUUACUUGUAAAUGGUUACUAAUUUUCGGGGUAGUUUUGUAACAUUAUUAUAUAAGGGGUUUAUGAAGAUUAUUGAAUGUUGUAGUUCAGAUCACUGACUUGAUUUUAAAUAAACAACUAAUGAAAACUCGGGUGACAUGGAAAUUUGAUCUGUCAUAGUGUGGUGCGUGCUACUUGCAUUGAUAUAAGUAGUAUUUGAUGUGAGUCAGGAAUGUAAUGUUUGGCAGCAGAAGAUGGGGAAGAUCAAGAAAGGAAGAGCGGGAAUGGACAGCAAUUAGUAUGAAAAUUCAAGAACAAUGAAGUUCGAGACAAUUACUGAACAUUUUGCAAAUUAAGUAUUAUAGUAUGGGUUUUUUUAAUUUUACCAAGUAACUCUGUAAUUUUGUGGUAAAUAUAAUUCGAUUGUCC